CCGGACCUGACGUUACUUGUGUGCCAACGGACAGACAAAGGUGCCAACAUCCGUCAACGUUUCCCGCGAAGCACACAAGGUCAAAAAUUACAGCAACACAAUGACACAUAAAGGCCCGCCCUAGUCUCCCCCCUCCUUUCCCAUCUUCUCCGCGAGAAUGUUCCCCCGGCAUAAGAUGGCGGGUUCAGGGAUACGUUUCGCUCUCAGCGCACGAGGCGGCCACAUCUCGAUCCGUUUACUCUUCUCUUACGCCUUUAACUGGCUGUUUCUCAUCGUCGUCGCUGCCAUCGCAGCCUUGCUCGGGCGGAUCAAGCCUAAAAAACAGCCAUUCUCCCUCGUCGACCCCGACAUCUCCUUUCCUUUCACAGAGCACGAGACCGUUCCUUCCUUCUUACUGCUCAUCCUCUGCGCCGUGGUCCCAAUUUGCAUCAUUGCUAUCGUCUCCAUCAUCUUCGUGCCUGGCCCAACCGUGCCCGGCCCAACCGUGCCCGGCCCAACCGUGCCCGGCCCAACCGUGCCCAAAGACACUCCCAAGACAUUGAUAUGGAAGCGAAAGCUCUGGGAGCUCUACGUGGGUUGGCUGGGUCUUGCGUUAGCUCUUUUGUCAGCGUGGUUCUUCACUGAGGGUAUGAAGAACAUGUACGGCAAGCCUCGCCCUGACUUGCUCUCGCGAUGCGAACCCGACACCGAGAACGCCCAAAAAUACGUCGUUGGAGGGUUUGCCGGCGAAAGCAUUAACGGCCACCUAUUCUCGGCUGACAUCUGUCAGCAGAAGGACUCGUACAAGCUUAAUAACAGAUUCCGAAGCUAUCCCAGCGGUCUCUCCUGGUCCUCCGCUGCUGGUCCCAUCUACACGUCCCUAUUCCUUGCUAAGUUUGCCGUCACCAUUCCCUUCGUCGUUCCAGCCUUGAUCUCUGCUGAUCGCACCACCCACGCUGCCUUCCCGUCCCGCAUAUGCUCGGAGGUCGAUCCUGAUAAGCCAACCCGGGCUCGGGGCUUUCCAGACGACCACUCUGCGACUUCCUCGCCCUUUAACGGCAAAAUGAUCCAGUCUCUGCGUCGCCAAGCUGCUGCGCCCCCUAUCUACCUCCUUAUCAUCACCCUCAUACCUUUCUGCAUCGCCAUCUUCAUCGCCUCCUCGCGAUGGUUUGAUUUCCGGCACCACGGUUUUGACAUCCUCUUCGGCUUCUUCAUAGGCACUAUCACCGCCAUUUAUGCCUUCCGAUACUACCACCUUCCCAUCCAAGAAGGCGCUGGCUGGGCUUGGGAUCCCGAAGCGAGGACAGAGCCUUUUGGGCUGGCGUUGGUCGACGGGGUUAUGCUGGAGAUGCUGGCAACUUGCCUGAGAAGAACGAAACUCAUCAUCACGACUUGGGCGAGACCUCUGACACUCCGUAUCAUGCGCCCACAACCUCUGGCGCCUUGAUGCAGAGAACCGCUCACAUUAACCAUAAUCACGAGCCCCGUCAGUUCCAGGGUAUCGAGCUGCAGAGUUCCGCCUGAAUCGAUUCGAGUGUAUUUGCAAGUGCAUAGUUGCCGACGGCAGCUUCUAUCUUUCCGAUGUAAAUCAAUGUGCAGUUUAUAAGGAGUCUAACAAUCCCACCCGGGACUGGUACCUCGUUGCUUUGGUCGGUUCAUGUCGCAUAUUCGUUCCCA